AUGAAGGCUGCUAUUUCCGUUGCGUCUGCCUUGGUAGGCACUGCUGCUGCAGGCACAGUGUCUUUUGAUCUUCAGAGACAGCCAAUACAGAUACAGACUGCGCCACAUCACACUGAUCUGCAAAUCAAAGCCAAGGCUUCUGAGGUGUUUCUCAAGGUAGACGACGUGCGGUUCAUUGCCAAUGUUACCCUUGGAACUCCCCCACAGAUGGUCCCUAUGACCAUCGACACGGGUAGCAGCGACAUUUGGGUCAACAGCAUAACCAACAAGGCAUGCGGCACAAUCCAGAAAUGCCAUGGACAAUUUGACUUUGAGGCUUCCAAGACAGCCAAGCACCUUGACAAGGACGAGCUCAAUGGAAACGACACAUUUGACGCCCGCUACAGCACAGGCUACAUUGGCGCCAACGGCACCUACAUCAAGGACCUCAUGUCCUGGGGCGGCCUAGAAGUCAAGCAGCAAAUCUUUGGCCUUGCCAACAACUCCAACAUUGACAGGAACAUUCUGGGUCUCAGCUUCAACACGUCUGUGGGCAGCAUCUCCCGCCAGGAGCCCGCCCCGUACCCCACGUUCCUUGAUAAUCUUGUGGACCAGGGCACCAUCAACAAGCGAAUCUUUAGCUUGUACCUCAACGUCAGCAAGGCCGAGACUUCUAGUCUACUCUUUGGCGGUGUCGACACAGAAAAAUACUACGACGGCCUCGUCGAGGUGCCCAUGGUGCCCACCUUUAUCCAGGAUGUCGUCAACCAGUACGCCAUCAUGAUGGACGGCUUUGUUGCCAAGGGUAUUGAUGGCGCCAAGGAGCUCAAGGAGAAGAAGCUCGUGAUCCUCGACAACGGGUCACCCUUUAACCUGCUUCCUGCAGAGGUUAUCGAGCCGCUAGAGAAGCACUUUGGCACCGUUGCCACCAACGACGGUCACGUCAACGGCACCUAUGUCAACUGCGAUGCCGCGAAAAACCAUGUCGGCGUCAACUUUGCCUUCAAAUUUGCCGGCAAGACCAUCUACUUGCCCGUGGAGGAUAUUAUCCUGGAUCUUUACUCCAAGACCCAGAAGAGGGCUCUGCAGCGCACUAUUGGCGAUGCUGCUGCCGACUGGAACGGCGUGUGUGUACUUGCCUUCCAGAGAGAGUACUCUGGUGUCCCGCUGCUUCUUGGCGAUCCUUUCCUCCGUAACGCCUACGUCGUGUAUGACCAGGAUAGAGAGACUAUUGCUCUUGCGCAGGCAAAGUUCAACUCUAGCAAGUCAAACGUUGUAGAGGUCGCCAAGAAUGCCGGCGUCCCUACCAAGAAGGGCGAUGCUACUCCCAAGUACAUCAUCAACGGCACGGCCCCUAGCGAUAGCGACAAGAGCGAUGACAAGGGUAAUGGUGACAAGGGUAAUGGUGACAAGGGCAACGGCGACAAAGGAAACGGUGAUAAAGGAAACGGAAAGGAUGACAAGGGCAAAGACGGAAAGAGCAGUGCUAGCGGUCUCCGUGUCCCCAUGGCGGCUCUCCUCAUGACUGCUGCUGCUGCUUAUCUGCUGUAG